AUGCCGCUGGCGGGUCUCUCAGACAUUCUCAAGGACGAGCUGGCGGCGAGGGAGAUUCCGGAGGAUUUCGAGGAGCUGAUCGAUCUCGUCGUUUGUAUCGACCGGAGGAUGAGAGAACGCGGCCGUGCUAAGCGCAGCAACACCGGCUUCCGCCCACUGCCUCUGGAGGGAGUUCCCUCGCUCCCCCCCAGCACCCCACGACGGGCUUCUCCUCCUCCUCCUCCUCCUCCUCCCCCGGAACCCAUGCAGCUGGGAGAACUGUUGGCCUCCUCUGUUGGUCCUGCAGCUUUCGUGAGGCGCUGUCAGCGAACCUGGAGGAGAUAUAGGCACGAACUCCUGCGGAACCAGGAAAGGGUCACUAGAGUGGCUAAUCGUCGGCGGUCUGCGGCUCCGAAGUACAAGGAGAAGCUGCUGCCUCGCUACAUCGGACCUUUCUCCAUCACUCAAGUAAUCAACCCUGUGGCUGUGAAACUGGACCUGCCACGCUCUCUAAAGAUCCACCCCGUGUUUCAUGUCAGCAAGAUCAAGCCAGCCAGAGACUCUCCUCUUCAACCCGCUCCAGCUUCUCCUCCAGCCCCUCGUUUCAAAGAUGGCGGCCCGGUUUACACCGUCAAGACACUCCUCGCCUCCAGAAAAGUGGUGAAGAAAUUCAAUGAAGCGCGGGUAAACGGCGGGUGGGUCAUACCAAGGGUCUUCAAGGAGUGCAGGACUAAGCUGCUACCGAAAUCCAGCGACCCGGUCGAGUUGCAGGACAUCGGCGGAUGGAGGCCGGUGACGAUUGGGUCGAUGGUGACUAGGCUGUUCAGUCGGAUUCUAACGAUGAGGCUAACCCGAGCCUGUCCGAUCAAUCCGAGGCAGCGCGGUUUCCUGGCCUCCUCGAGUGGAUGCGCGGAAAACCUGUUGAUCUUUGACGAGAUCGUCAGGCGCUCGAGGCAGGACGGGGGGCCGCUGGCAGUGGUGUUUGUGGACUUUGCGAGGGCCUUUGACUCCAUCUCACAUGAACAUAUCCUGUGUGUUCUCGAAGAAGGCGGGCUUGACAGGCACGUUAUCGAGUUGAUCCGAAACUCGUACGUGGAUUGCGUGACCAGGGUGGGUUGUGUCGAGGGCAUGACACAACCCAUACAAAUGAAGGUUGGAGUGAAGCAGGGAGACCCCAUGUCCCCCUUGCUCUUCAACCUGGCUAUGGAUCCCCUCAUCCAUAAACUCGAGACGGCCGGAACUGGACUGAAAUGGGGCGAUCUUUCAAUCGCCACGCUGGCCUUUGCCGACGAUCUGGUGCUGGUGAGUGACUCCGAGGAAGGCAUGGGGAGGAGUCUCGGGAUCUUGGAGAAGUUUUGCCAACUGACUGGGCUGAGGGUUCAGCCCAAGAAGUGUCACGGUUUCUUUAUGGACAAGGGCGUGUUGAACGGCUGUGGAACCUGGGAAAUCUGUGGGUCACCGAUCCACAUGAUUCCCCCGGGGGAAUCAGUUCGUUAUUUGGGAGUCCAGGUAGGCCCGGGGCGCGGCGUGAUGGAACCGGAUCUUAUCCCUACGGUCCACACGUGGAUCGAAAGGAUCACGGAGGCUCCUCUAAAGCCCUCACAACGCAUGAGGGUUUUGAACUCAUUUGCUCUUCCCCGGAUAAUUUACCAGGCCGAUCUAAGGAAGGUUACGGUAACCAAAUUGGCCCAGAUAGAUGGGAUUGUCCGGAAGGCUGUGAAGAAGUGGCUCCAUUUGUCACCAUCCACGUGCAAUGGACUGCUGUAUUCACGGAACCGCGACGGUGGUUUGGGCCUCCUAAAGCUGGAAAGACUGAUCCCAUCCGUGCGCACGAAGCGCAUCUAUCGGAUGUCCAGGUCUCCGGAUAUCUGGACACGGCGAAUGACCAGCCAUUCUGUGUCAAAAUCUGACUGGGAGAUGUUGUGGGUCCAAGCGGGAGGUGAGAGGGGCAGUGCACCUGUAAUGGGUGCCGUGGAGACUGCCCCGACCGAUGUGGAGAGAUCGCCAGACUACCCAGACUGGCGGCGUGAGGAAAACCUGGCAUGGUCGGCCCUGCGGGUGCAGGGUGUGGGUGCAGACCAGUUUCGAGGCGACAGGACCAGCAGCUCUUGGAUCGCCGAGCCCGCUUCGGUUGGGUUCGCGCAGCGCCAUUGGUUGGCUGCCCUGGCGCUGAGGGCUGGGGUGUAUCCCACUCGGGAGUUUCUGGCUCGGGGUAAGGAAAAGUCAGGAGCAGCUUGCAGACGCUGCCCGGCCAGGUUGGAAUCAUGUUCACACAUACUUGGGCAAUGUCCGUUCGUUCAGGCGAACAGAAUUGCGAGGCACAACAAGGUGUGUGUGCUCUUGGCCACGGAGGUGGAGAGGUUCGGCUGGACGGUAAUAAGGGAGUUCCGUCUUGAGGACGCCGCUGGCGGUCUCAAGAUACCCGACCUGGUUUGCAAGAAGGCCGACACAGUUCUCAUUGUCGACGUGACCGUCCGGUACGAGAUGGAUGGAGAGACGCUAAAAAGGGCCGCAUCGGAGAAGGUGGAACACUAUCUCCCAGUAGGGCAACAGAUUACGGACAAGGUCAGAGGGCGUUGCUUUAAAGUCAUGGGGUUCCCUGUAGGUGCUAGGGGAAAGUGGCCAGCGAGCAACAACACAGUUUUGGCUGAGUUAGGCGUCCCUGCAGGUCGGAUGAGGACCUUUGCCAGGCUGGUGAGCCGGAGGACUCUUCUUUAUUCUUUGGAUAUAUUGAGGGACUUCAUGCGUGAGCCGGCGGGCAGGGGAACUCGGGUUGCUCUCAUCCCCGCGGCAACGGGUGCCGCGAAUUGAGGAGGACAGCUGGGAGUCUCGGCAUGAUUACAAAUCUUGCGCUGCACUCGGAUGUCGUCCCCGUGACGGACACAUUAAUCCGGAAAGCGAGUGGUGACUCGCCUCAAGUAGC